CACUUGAAUAGAUUUCCAACUCUUCCAUGCCCAACUCGAAUCAUAGUCCUUUUCGAUUUCCCUGCCACCUUCCCCUUCUUAUAUUCUGCGCCCAACCCCCUGCUCUCUCCACCACUUGCCUCUUCCUCAUCUUCCUCUCUAUCUCCAACUCUCUCUGUGUAGGUAGUACUUUUGAGUUAUAUAGGAAAAUGGGUGAUAUUUCAUGCUCCAAUGGCAAUGAAGUUAAUGGAAAAAGCCAUUCACUGGCUGGUUAUAGGAAGAGUUGUUGGUAUGAGGAAGAGAUUGAAGAGAACUUGAGAUGGUGCUUUGCGCUCAAUAGCAUUUUGCAUACCGGAGCUACGCAGUACCAGGACAUUGCACUGCUGGACACGAAGCCCUUUGGGAAGGCUUUAGUCAUUGAUGGAAAGCUUCAAAGUGCUGAGAUUGAUGAAUUCAUCUACCAUGAAUCCCUUGUCCAUCCUGCACUUCUUCAUCAUCCAAAUCCAAAGAGCAUCUUCAUCAUGGGGGGAGGUGAAGGUUCCACUGCAAGAGAAAUACUGAGACAUAAGACUGUAGAGAAGGUUGUCAUGUGUGACAUUGAUGAGGAGGUGGUGGAUUUCUGCAAAUCAUACUUGGUGGUAAACAGAGAAGCUUUCUGUGAUCCCAGACUUGAGCUUGUCAUCAACGAUGCCAGGGCCGAGCUAGAGAGCAGAGAAGAGUGUUUCGACGUAAUCAUAGGUGACCUGGCUGACCCAAUAGAAGGAGGCCCAUGUUAUCAGCUCUACACCAAAUCCUUUUAUGAGUCCACUGUCAAACCUAGGCUAAGUCCGGGUGGCAUCUUUGUCACACAGGCAGGACCAGCAGGGGUUUUCAGCCAUACAGAGGUUUUCUCUUGCAUUCACAACACCCUAAGGCAGGUCUUCAAACAUGUUGUGGCUUAUUCAGCCCAUAUUCCUUCCUUUGCUGAUAUUUGGGGAUGGGUUAUGGCAUCAGAUUCGCCAUUUUUGCUGAAUGCUGAAGAGUUGGACCUGAGAAUGAAACAGAGGAUCAAAGGGGAGAACAGAUACAUUGAUGGGAAGACAUUUUCAUCAGCCUCUACCCUGAGCAAAGUUGUUCGAACUUCAUUGGACAAUGAGACUCAAGUGUACACAGAGGGAACAGCAAGGUUUAUAUAUGGCCAUGGUACUGCCCUCAAAUAAUAUCAGGCUUGAGCAAAAUGGCAGAUAAGGGAGCCCCUACCAUAAGCACAUAAUACUUGGAAGACUGCAACUGCAACAUAGUAUUGCUCUUUCUCUUUUUCCAUUUCUCUUGGUUGUCUCAGCUUUGUAUUGCUCUUUUUCUUUUUCUUCACUCUUUCUGCUGAUGUAGUUACUUGAGACGAAUGAUAUAUAAUGGUAAUGGAAUCUUGUUUGUGUUUCUCUGAGGAAAUUUAUGGUCUGAA